GACUCUAUCAAUUAUCAUCUCAAAUUCGAAUUCAUUUUUAUCAAAUUAUCACAAUCAAACUCCAACUUCAGAUUCCAAGGAGUUUCUUAUAUAGGCAGUGCUUUGAUUUCGUGUUGAACCGAGUCCAGGAAAUUCAACGAUGACGGACUCCGACAGCAUUUCUGGUGAUUUUCAAGGCGGCGGAUCGAACUCUCACGGCAGCGAGAUGUCACCAAGAGAACACAAGCAAUCUCUUGAUUUUGGUAACAAUUGCAACCAAAAUUCAUCAGAGAUGGUCGACAAAUCGAGAACUGGAAAGGUAAUGAAUCACAUACCCGAUGACCUUGCAUUUUGUGUCCUUUCAAAACUUCCUUUAAAAUCUUUGAAACGUUUUGGAUGUGUAUGCCAAACAUGGUCUCUCUUAUUUGAAAACUCACAUUUCAUGAGCAAGUUCCGUACUAAUUUCAUAUCUCAUUGUCACUCUGAUUACAUUGAUACAUCUUUACUCCUAUAUCAGAUUAUACAAUCUCAUGAUCAUACCCAAUAUUGCUCUUUCUAUUCACUUUCUGGUCAUAGGUAUGAGAAUAGAGUCAAAUUAGACUUUCCAAAUCCUUUUCAAGUUGAAAACCCUCGCUUUUAUUUUUUCUAUUGUGAUACUAUUACCGGAACUAUUUGCCUUAAAUUCGAAAACACAAUUGUACUUUGGAAACCAACUACUCAUGAAUUUAAGGUCAUUCCUCCCAGCCCUGUUCAGUCUGGAUCACCUUAUCGGGAGUCUCAAGUGUUUUGUCAUGGGUUUGGUUAUGAUCCUAUAAGAGAUGACAUUAAGAUUAUUACGUUCACAACAUUUGAAAAAAUCGAUAGUCGAGCUCUUCAACAUCUUGGUGUGCGACGAGAAGAUGUGCCAUGGAAUGAAUUACCCUUUGAACCUUUAUGGGAGAUUUAUAGCUUAAGAUGUAACUCUUGGAAGAAACUUGAUUUCGAUAUGCCUGUAUGUUGGUUUGAUAAUUGGUCAUAUGAGCGAUUGUACACGGAAGGAGUAUGUCAUUGGUGGUCUAAUAGUGUUAAUCGUGAAAAUGUAUUGGUUUCAUUUGACUUAAGGACCGAAAUGUUUUUUACAACAGCCAUUCCGCUAGAAAUAGCUCCCGACACCGACCCCAGUCAUAAUUUUUUAUUCGUGGAAAGACGUUUGGCGAUGCUUAAUGGGUCAAUUGCUUCGAUCUUAUGGUAUACGACUACUUUUCACAUAUCAAUUUUGGGUGAACUUGGCGUAAAGAAAUCAUGGACUAAAUUGUUCGUUGUUGGACCAUUGUCCAACAUUGAGCGUGUUGUUGGAACGGGAAAGAAUGGUGAUAUAUUCUUUAAAACAAAAGAUGGUAAACUAGUCUUGUUGGAUUUAAGCACAGGGAUAAUUGAAGACAUGAGUUUUAAAGGAGGACAUGGAUAUGAUGUAGCAAUUUUCAAGGAAAACCAUAUUUUAAUGGCUGGAAUAAAUUUUUAAGUUUUUUUUUUCCACCAUAGAAAAUUUAUGAUUAUAGUAGUUUUUUGGAUUUUACCUGGCAUAUAAUAAAAAGUUGCUGGUUAAUUACUCAUGUCAUAGCUAUUAUCAAUUAUAUGCAAAAUAAAAAAAAUCAUUUCUAUUUUAUAUUAAAAGUUUGUUCUCUUUCUAUUUGGAAACACAAAGAUAUGAAAUUAUGA